AUGCCUUCACUAAAGGACCUCAAUUGCGCCAUCGAGCUAUCCGGGAGUCAACAAGCACUGCGAGAGUUCGGCACCAUAUACGGCGACGGUUUCGUAGAAACCUUCGUCUCCGUACCCAGCAAGCCACAGUCUUUCUCCAUUCACCUCACCUCCAAUAAGUUCAUCGCUCCGGGCGUCGCCAUCUUCGUCUACGUCGACGGCGUUUAUCAGUGCAACCGCAAUAGGCAGGAUUUGAAGCUACGGAAGCCUUCCGAUAGUCGCUCUCUUGUCGACUUUCGCGUAAGGCAGAAGGAAGAGAGGCAGAAAGAUGGGUCGAUGAUUGCGAGGGAGUGGGCUUUUGAUAAACUCAACAUUGCUUCGGCGGACGAUGCACCGAACAUUUGUUCGCCAAACAUUCUCGACAACAUAGGCUGUAUCGAAGUCGUCGUUCUACGAUGCGCCGGUACGCGCAAUGCCAAAUCUGCCUCAACGAUGAACUUUGAUGGAGCAGGAGACUUUCCCGAUCGCCAGUUUGGCGUAGACGAUAGCUCAUCGCCAUCUAACGAGAGGUCUAUGUACGAUGACCGAGGACCAUUCUUCAACAGCUUCGGCAAUGGCCACGGUCCACCGCCGCCGGUGCCUUCUUAUCGCUCGCCAUAUGCCGAAACGGCUUUCUCUUUGCGCGAUCACCAGAGCGAACACGGUCCAAGCUGGGCCAAGUCACAGCCUGGCUGGGGCGAACGACCUCCACGAACUCCGUACGCUCCGUCAAUGAAGGACUUUGUUCAGAGUACAGCGGGUGAGAAAGUAGGAGGCGGGCGAUCACCUUCGGCUGUGUCUUGGGGUAGCGGUAAGAAAGAUCACACUGUCAAACCCUCUUGGGGCACAGAGACUGAGAAGAUCACCGGAUGGGGCAAGAACAGUGACAACGGCUGGCAUAAUAAGACCCCAAAGCAGAAUGACAAGCAAGGCUGGUACUCAACCGAUGAUGAUCAGCCCGGAGGCUGGAACGAAGCCCAUGACAACAACAAGACCCAAGCUGAUGAUGGCGGUUGGAACACGAAACAGAUUGGUUGGGAUAACCCCCCGUCCUCACCAAAACAAGAGCUAGUGGACAAGAUGAACGACUGGGCCGGUCUCAAAUCCGCCUUGACAUCCGCUUUUGCCAACCCACCAGCACCAGCACCAGCACCAGCACCAGAACACGCCUGGCCAACCCAAUCAUGGAGCUUUCCCGCCGACAAUGCCGUAAAGCCCACUCUUCAACAGCCAACGCCUACACCCUUCGCCUCCGCUCCAGUACCGCCAGGCCCGGCAUCGGAGAAAGGCAGAUUACCUACCCAACGUAUGAGCAACAAAACCCUCUCUCGAUACCGACCCAAUCACAACUUCCCCUCUCGCAUCCAUCCCAAACCCACACCCAAUUUCACAGCGCAACCGCACUGGCAGUUCCCUCCUGCGCCAUCUACCUCUACACCUAAAAACGUCCUGCACGCCUCCUCCUCAAACGAUACAUACAUCGCACCAGCCGAACCGCGCCUCACCAUCAGCAAAUCCACGUCCAGCAAAAGCGGUAUCGAACACGCCGUGCGCGCAGGCAAGGCGACAGAGUACGGUCAUGUUGUCGGGCGACCUGAGUAUCUGGAUAGGUUAGAGAAGCCGUAUGCGGUAUUUCGGUUUAAGUAUCGGAGUGAGGGGGUACUGAAAGGACUGGGUGUACUUGGGGAGGGUGAUAUGAAGCAUGAUGGGGAUGCGGAGAAGGAGAAAGCAGAGAAGUUGAAGUGUGUGCCGCAGGAGGAGUUGAUUGCGAAGAUGUUGGCUUUAGAGAGGAAGUUGAAAGUCAAGGAUAACGGAGAGGGUACUACUGGUGGUGGGAAGGAGAGGAAACCUAGUAAGACUCACGCCGACAAGGAGAAGCAGAAGUCGAAGCAGAGGCGGUCGAGUGAGAAAACGGAUGCGCAUGGUGAUGGCCGGGUUAAGGAUUUUACGGAACAGUGGGUUGAGCGGCAUUCGAGAGAUCCGAGUGUGAAGGCGAAGAGUGCGGCUGUUAAGGAGGUGGGUUGGGAGGGAGAUAAGGAGAGGAAGGAGAAGGAAGUAGUGGGAACGUGGGGACAGGAUGCGAAUGAGGGAUGGGGAGGUGGAGGUAUGACAUGGUAA